AAAAGGAGGAAAAAAGAAAGAUAAACAUAAACUGGAGUUGUACUCUUUCUCUCUGCUCUCUCAAAAGCCAAAAGUCCAAGAAUCUUGCUGGUUCUGCCAAUGAAGACGUAAACUUGGCAUCCCUUUUGUCUUUUCUCAUCCCUAACCGGCGGUUCUUGCGCCCCCCUCACGUGCUGCCGGUCUGGAUAUCCUCUUCAUUUCAACUAGUACUUAAUACUGUCCAACUCCUCGUCUCCCUCUCCGAACCACCUCUAAGUGGAUUCUGGGUUGUGAUUGAAGCCAUGAGAAUGUUGCUGCAGAGGAAUUUCUGGGUUAUAGUGUUAUUGAUCAUAGGAGCUGUUGGAGAUAAUCUGUAUACUGUGAAGGGUCGUACACAUCGAAUUCUGUUGGAUACAGAUGUCGAUACCGAUGAUUUCUUUGCUCUCUUGUACCUCUUGAAGCAAAACAGAUCAGAGUUUGAGGUGGAGGGAGUCACUAUCAACACAAAUGCAUGGACUGAUGCUGGGCAUGCUGUGAAUCAAAUCUAUGACAUUCUUUACAUGAUGGGCCGUGAUGACAUUGCUGUUGGAGUAGGAGGUGAGGGUGGGAUACUAGAAGAUGGUACAAUUCUCCCUGAUGUUGGAGGGUAUCUUCCUAUUAUUGAACAGGGAAUCACAACUGGAGGGCAUUGUAGAUAUAGACAAGCUAUUCCUGUAGGCCAAGGAGGGCGACUAGAUAUUAAUGCCAACUAUGGAAUCCGGAAAGCUUUCCUACCUCAGGGGAGAAGGAAGUAUACUCCUCUUCGACAGCCAACUGCUCAGCAAGUGAUGAUAGAUAAAAUAUCAGAGGGCCCCGUAACUGUGUUUGUCAUAGGAGCACAUACGAAUAUGGCUAUUUUCCUUAUGAACAACCCACAUUUAAAGAAAAACAUCGAGCACAUUUAUGUCAUGGGUGGUGGUGUGAGGUCAAAGAACCCGACUGGUUGUUGCCCACAAAAUGCCAGCUUAUCUUGCGUGCCUCAGCAGUGUGGUAACCAUGGCAAUUUGUUCACUGAUUAUACUAGUAAUCCUUAUGCAGAGUUCAAUGUGUUUGGAGAUCCUUUUGCUGCAUACCAGGUUUUUCAUUCCGGUAUUCCUAUCACCCUCGUUCCGCUGGAUGCAACGAACACUAUCCCAAUUAGUAAGAACUUCUUUGACACAUUUGAGAAGAGUCUGAAUACAUAUGAGGCGCAAUACUGCUUCCAGUCAUUGAAGAUAACUCGUGAUACAUGGUUUGACGACCAAUUCUAUACUAGCUAUUUUAUGUGGGACUCCUUUACAUCUGGUGUGGCAACUUCAAUCACGCUUAACUCUCACAGAGAUGAUGGGCUAAAUGAAUUUGCUGAAAUGGAGUAUAUGAAUGUAACUGUAGUUACUUCCAACAAACCUUAUGGGGCUUCUGAUGGUUCCAAUCCAUUCUUCGACGGCCGCAUAAUUCCAAAAUUUGGAUUAAAGAAAGGUGGAAUACAUAGUGGUCAUGUUCAGACUGGACUUCGAGAUCCAUUCUGCAUUGUGAAGAAUGGGAAGGGAAAAUGCCAGGAUGGUUAUACAGCAGAAACAACUGGUCCGGAUGCAGUGCGUGUGCUAGUUGCUACAAAAGCCAAACCCAACCAGAACAAGAACAGCUCCCUAGACAGAGAGUUUUUCAUAAGUUUCUUGGAUGCUCUAAAUCGUCGUCAACAUACCGGGAGAUUUAAUUUUACGACACAAUUUCCUUAUUACAAAGAAGUUCUUUACAAACCAGAUUUUGGUUCUAAAACACUUGGGAAACCAGUUGUUUUUGACAUGGAUAUGAGUGCAGGAGAUUUUCUAGCUCUGUUUUACCUCCUGAAAGUACCUGUGGAAGUAAUCUACCUCAAGGCAAUAAUAGUAAGCCCAACUGGUUGGGCAAAUGCAGCUACAAUAGAUGUGGUUUAUGAUUUACUUCAUAUGAUGGGGCGUGAUGACAUUCAAGUUGGUCUUGGAGAUGUAUUUGCAAUGAACCAGUCCAAUCCUACCUUUUCAGCUGUUGGAGACUGCAAAUAUGCCAAGGCCAUCCCACAUGGUAGUGGUGGAUUUCUUGACUCCGACACUCUCUAUGGUCUUGCUCGUAGUUUGCCAAGAAGUCCUAGAAGAUACACGGCUGAGAACUCCGUUAAGUAUAACGCUCCUCGGGACACCGAUCACCCUGAGCUCAGGCAACCACUGGCGUUGGAAGUUUGGAAGUCCGUGGUGGAAACACUUGACACAGGAUCUAAGAUUACUAUACUCACCAAUGGACCCCUGACUAAUCUUGCCAAAAUCAUACUAUCAGAGAAAAAUACCACCUCUCUUAUUCAGGAUGUAUAUAUAGUUGGAGGACACCUCAGCCACAAAAGUAAAGACAAAGGAAAUGUGUUCUCGGUUCCAUCCAAUGAAUAUGCAGAAUUCAACAUGUUUCUCGACCCUUUGGCUGCAAAGACAGUCUUUGAUUCGGAACUUAACAUCACACUCAUUCCACUUGGCAUCCAGCGUAAAGUUGGUUCAUUUCCAAGGAUCUUGAAAAGGUUUCAGGACACAAAAAUGACACCUGAAGCUAAGUUCGCCCGGCGAUUGCUGACAAGGCUAUACCGCUUGCAACAAAGCCACCUUAGAUAUCAGCAUAUGGGGACAUUCUCCGGGGAAGUCCUUGGUGCAGUAGCGCUGGCCAGUAAUCACUCCCCUCUGAAGCCAACUUUGCUAGUGAAGCACAUCAAAGUCGUUGCUGAAGGUGUCGAAUCCAAAGACGGACAAACUGUUAUUGAUGAAAAACAUGGAAAACCGGUCAAAAUAUUGGAACAUAUUAACCUUAAAGCAUACUAUCAUCUGUUUGCAAAACAGCUGGUAAAUACAGAGCAGUCUGCUGUGAUGGGAAGUUUUGAUGACCAGAAAAGAAUGUGGAGGACACCAGCUAAAUAACCUGGGAUUUCCUCGAGGCAAAAAGGGUUAAAUAUUCUUUGACAAUAAGGAUUUGAUUUUUUGUUCCUCCUUGGAUAUACAGCAGUUCAUCUGUAUUGCUGAUGUUCUUCACACAGAAAUUUUAUAAGAACAUGUUUCAUGUAGGAACCAAACCUGUCAUUAUGCUUUUUAGUUUAGUUCAGUGACAGCAAAACACAGUGUAGGAAACAACACACAAAGCAACAUUCACAGUUGUUCAUUGUCUUUAGUUUUCAAUUCGUUUUCCAUCACAUUCUUUUGUAACCACACAGAUGAUCAACAAUAAAAUUUCAAAAUGUUAGUUGGGA